UAGAAGGAGAAUAAACCCGUGGCUCUGUGAUUUUCUUUUUUCUAACCAGAUGUGUGCGUAUGAUUUUUGACUCGUAGAAGAUUACAGUAGCAGAGUGCAUCGAGACCCAGAGCAAAGCCAUGACAAUGCUCACCAUUGAACAGCUCUCCUACCUGCUCAAGUUUGCCAUUCAGAAAAUGAAACAGCCAGGGACAGAUGCAUUCCAGAAGCCCGUUCCCUUGGAACAGCAUCCCGACUACGCAGAAUAUAUUUUCCACCCCAUGGACCUUUGUACACUGGAAAAGAACGCUAAAAAGAAAAUGUACGGCUGCACGGAGGCCUUCCUAGCUGACGCCAAGUGGAUCUUGCACAACUGCAUCAUUUAUAACGGGGGAAAUCACAAAUUGACGCAAAUAGCAAAAGUAGUCAUCAAAAUCUGUGAACACGAGGCUGGGCUGGACCUGGUGGGUCUGCGAGCUGUGAGACUCCGUGUGGUGGGACAAGAUGGCAACCAGAGCGACGAGGGGCGGCGUUCUUUACCAGAUCCCUCUGUGGCUGUGUACGUGGUGCCUCUGGAAGAGCCCAGCAGCUGA